AUGGAGGUCGCGUCCACAAAGAAGCUCAUCGUUGACAAGUCCAGUGCCAUGAUGAAUCUUGCCAAUGAGCAGAAGACGUUACUCAACGCCGACCACCGCAAUGUCGCCAUGUAUGAUUCGCGCAGUGAUCCUUGCUACAUUGCUGUGCGGAACGCCAUGUCCAAGAUAGUCGCCCCGUACCGGAAACAGUUCAAAGCCCAUAGGCACAGCAUGGCACAGGAAGAGCAAGCCGCACUUAGCCGUUUUCUGGCUAUCUCGGGGGCCCCGGAGGACGAUCUUAUAGUAUCUUGGGCCGAGUCGUCCUCACGAAUCCGUACCUUUACAGGGCCAACGAUGGACAGCACAUCCGCCGAUCCGCAGCACAAAACAGAUCCCAUGGGACCCGGGCACCUCCCCGUCGAAAUCCUGCUCGAGAUCGCCUCUGACCUCGCCCUUGAAGACUUCCUCCCCUGCGCCCAGGUCUCUCGCCAGUGGCACGUGGCGUGGACCCAGGCGCCCGUGGUCGCGGCGCUGUGCCGCAGAUUCUUCCCCACGCUGCCCAAACCCCACACCUUCGCCGCCUUCCAGAGGGCGUGCCGCAAGUUCUUUCGCCGGCGGCACGGGAAACACACCGCUGUGGUGGACCACUCGUGGAACGACUUGAAGGCCGGGCUUCCCUGCUAUUUUGAGCUCGAUCCUAAGCUUCACCCCGACAACCAAUACCCCGAUUUGGAGAGCGACGAGCCGUUCAUCAUGGCCUAUGGUGAAGGGAAUAUCGUGUGGAAUGAUGGUAUGUGGUUGAUCUUUAUUGACAAUUUGUACACCCGGAAACGGAAAGUUCUACGAGGAGCCGACUGGGGCUUUACCACCUUCCGAACUUUUCCGCGGAUGUGUGCCGUAGGCAAAUCGCUUCUGGUUACCGAGGUAGGACCCGCUACAGGAUAUCAGCCAGAUGGCGGAUUCGAUAUAUUCUUCUAUCACCUUGGAACAAAUAUUGGCGUCAAGCAUGUAUUCAAGAAGUCGAGAGAGUAUAACCUAAAUGACUGGCUGAGUAUCCGCACCUGGGGUGAAAAGGCCUUUAUAGCUACUGGCCCGUCGAGCAUCCACAUAUUCUCACAUGAUGGGGCUAGCCUCUCGGUCACCUACGUCAUCGACCCCCAUAGCUCCAUGCCGCCAGAACUACGCGGCUUUGCCCACACUGAUAAUUCACCACCUCCAAACCAAUAUCUACCUAACUUCCUCCCUAACCUAUAUGACCCAGAUGGGGUAUUUAUCGUACUCGCUGGCUCAACCCUCGAGUCUAAGCCGGAUAGUACCUACUUCCUGGUACGCGAGUUCAGCGGCGCCACACACAUUGCGACCUACACAUAUAACAUCUCAAAGACUAUACAUUCGGUGAUAGAGUCUGUGCUCGGCCGGGAUAGCGAGUUUAUCGAGUCGGAGCUAGAAGAGGUGAGGUCAAGGGUGGGAGAGGAAAAUGGCGACUGGCCUGAGAAGGAUCAGUGGCCUGGGACUUAUGGCAGCGACGAGGGCAUAUAUGAAGUCUUCCGCUUCGUCUUCAGAGCCCAUGAGGCUGCCCUCCCCGGCCCCCGGAUGGACUGGGAGCUCCACCACCAGGUCUCACAGCUCCUGCGGAUAUUCUACGACAGCUACGAGUACACAGACUCAAGACCUGUCGUCACGACCCGCGACGUCGAUACUGGCGGCUGGGAGAGGACACGUAGAGUGUUGGGGAAGCGCGACGACCUGUAUCCCUUGAACCACGAGAACAAGAUCUGGAGCCAUCGAAGCGAGCGGAACAUACAUAUCGAUGUUGGCCAUGACGAAGACUUUACGGUUUUGUGGGACAUGCUUCAGGGGGAAUAUGUUGUCUUUGACUUCAGGGAGCCGGAGGAGUAA